UAUCAGCAGCCCGGCCUCUCCUGGAGGUUCCGCGUUAGGUUUAGCUCUCCAGGCAGGGGAGGGGGCUUUGGGCUUAGCGACCCACCGCCUCCCAGGUCCCCGCCGCCUGCCUCCGGGGGUCUGGUGGGUCCCGGCUUGCCACCUCCCUGGAGACUUGAUGGCCUCGGAAGGCCUGGCGGGGGCGCUGGCCACCGUGCUGGGGGGUAAGGGGUUGCUGGUGCAGAGCUGUGACUCGGAGCCGGCUGGCAAGCCGCUGUCGCCCGUGCGGCUGCGGAAGAAUGUCUGCUACGUGGUGCUGGCCGUGUUCCUCAACGAGCAGGAUGAGGUGCUGAUGAUCCAGGAGGCCAAAAGAGAGUGCCGGGGAGCAUGGUACCUCCCUGCCGGGAGAAUGGAAGUCGGGGAGACCAUCGUGGAGGCGAUGCAACGGGAGGUGAAGGAGGAGGCUGGGCUGCUGUGUGAGCCGGUGACCCUGCUGUCUGUGGAGGAGCGGGGUGCCGCCUGGAUCCGCUUUGUAUUCCUUGCCCGACCCACAGGUGGAGUUCUCAAGACUUCCAAGGAUGCAGAUGCUGAGUCCCUACAGGCUGGCUGGUACCCACGGGUCUCCCUGCCCACUCCACUUAGAGCCCAUGAUGUUCUGCACCUGGUAGAGCUGGGUGCCAAAUUCUGCCAACAAGCCAUGCACCCUCACACUCUGCCUCAAGAGCUUCCCUGCAGUGUGGUCUGCCAGCGGCUGGUGGCCACCUUUACAACAGUCCAGUCAGUGUGGGUGUUGGUGGGCUCAGUGGGGACACCUCACUUGCCCAUCACUGCCUGUGGCUUCACCCCUAUGGAGCAAAGGGGUGGCGUCAAGGUGGCCAUCCUGCGGCUGCUACAGGAGUGCCUGACUCUCCACAAUCUGGCCGUGGAGACCAAGGGGUUGCUUGGAUUGCAGCACCUGGGCAGAGACCACGCGGAUGGAAUCUGCCUGAAUGUGCUAGUGGCAGUGGCUUUUCGGAACCCAGGAAUCCAAGAUGAGCCCCCAAAGAUUCGGGGUGAGAACUACUUUUGGUGGAAAGUUUUAGAGGAAGACUUACAAAAACAGCUUCUACACAGACUCCAGGAAUCUUCCGUCAUCCCCCUGAGCAGAUAGAGAGGCACCGGCAGUGACAGCUGAGCAACCACCCUCCCUCUGUGGGCUGGAAAGAGGCUGGCAAUCAGAGAUAGAGAUCUCACUGCACUGUGUGCAGGGACCCCACAUGGAGCCCAAGGGGAGAGUGCCUUGAGGGUUACCAUUGUUCUUAGGGUACAGAAUGCUUCUCUCAAGAUGGUGAGGAGCUUUUUGAACCCCAAACGGCAUCAUCUUAUUUCUUUGUCCACUUUGGUAAAAGUCGCAUGUUGAUCCAUCCAAGCCCUUAGGAAUGUAGAAGGGGCUGGGACAUGGCGGACUCGUCCUUCAGGGCAGAGCCCUCACUGCUGAGUAAAAAGGUGUUGUUUAACUUGCCUCCUUGCCUAAAUGUGUGGAGGGAGAAGAUGUGGGGCCACUGUCCCACCCCCAGUCAUCCAGGUCUUUCCUCCUGAUAUGCACACUGUUGUUAUGCAGGGGUGUAGGGCUCCUAGGUUAGGCAGCGCUGUUGACUGAAGCCUCAACCCACCCAGGCUCUCUUUAGCCUUUCUGUCCUGCUGGGGUAGGUGUGGGUCACUUUGAAGUGACCACACCCCUAAUAAAAACACAGCUCAGACCUG